AUGCAUACGACAAGUUCUGUGCUGCUUGACCAUGUCCCGUCGCGCAACCAACUGCCCGAAACACCCGUCGUUGUUGGCGCUAUGCAAAGGAGCCGCUUGCGUGAGCAUUAUGAACGUACGCUGGCUGCAGACAUGAUGUAUAUGAUGUAUGAGCCUGAAAGCAAAUCUUCCUCGUCAAAGGAUGCACCAGAAUCUGAAUCUGGCGACAAUGAUCGUAUUCGUCGUUGGUCCGGUCAGUCGGACUAUCAUGCGGGCCGAUCUGCUCGACCUCAGCGCGGUAACCGUCCCAUUGUGCCGCUUCACAAGCCGAUGCACUUAGCAAAGCAGAUUGAGCAUGCUAUUCCCCGUCUUGACCGUGUCGUUGUCACAGCUUUCUGCAAAGAUGCCAUUACCAACAAGCAGGCGCUGCUGCCACUCCUAGGUCAAAUGCGUGCUAUUACCGGCCUGCCAAUUUUGGGUUCUUUAGCUGAUCCUACGGUGGGAAAUUCUCCUAAGACUGCGGGACCGCAUGCUGCGAAUGGCUAUGUGCAAGUUCUUCGCGCCAAGAAUGGUGCUGCGUCUUUUAAGUUGCGUGCUGGAAUGCCUGUUGGUGUUCAGGCUGUUAUGUACGGUGAUGCAGCCUAUGAGUUUAUCGAAGUUCUUACUACGUUUGUGCUUCCACGUUUGCGAGGUUUUGCUGGUCUGCAGCUUCCGCCAUCCAGUCAACCCCUUCUCAGCCCUGCCGCAGUGAGUGGCGUUGUGAGCUUCGGUUUAGGCCCUGAAGCAAUGCCUCUUUUCCCUCAGGUGGAAAUUAACUUGGAUCAAUACCCCGGCCGCCGCUACGGCUUCCAGGUCGACUGCGUCACAAACCAGCGUGGUCGUCGUGCCACAGAACGGGCACGUACUUUACUGAGUGGUCUUGGCUUGCCUUUCGUGCGUCGUGGCACGGUUGCUCUGUAG